UGGAGAAGGGGCUGAUACGGAGCUGGAGAGUCGCGGUGGGGAUGGUGCUGCUUUUUCUUCCCCUUACUAACCCCGAUGUUCCUUCCUCUGGCCGGAGCGUUGCGGGCUCCUACCUGGGCUGGGCUGGGCAGGGCGCUUGAAGCGAAUUGGGGUUCGCAGCAUCGUCCCGGGCUCCGCAUGAUUUAAAAACGAAAUAAGACGUCUGAAGCGAAUCCCGUCCAGGCUGCCUUUGUCUUUGGCCGGGAGCAUGUGGGUGAACCCGGAGGAGGUGCUGCUGGCAAACGCCCUGUGGAUCACGGAGAGGGCCAACCCUUACUUCAUCCUGCAGAGAAGAAAGGGGCACGGAGGAGAUGGAGGCAGCGGAGGGCUAGCUGGUCUUCUUGUGGGAACUCUUGAUGUUGUGCUGGAUUCAAGUGCAAGGGUAGCGCCAUAUCGAAUUCUAUACCAGGCUCCAGACUCUAUGAUAUACUGGACUAUUGCCUGUGGUUGUUCAAGGAAAGAAAUAACUGAGCACUGGGAAUGGCUUGAACAGAAUUUACUACAAACUCUUUCGAUCUUUGAAAAUGAAAAUGACAUAAACACAUUUGUCAAAGGAAAAAUACAGGGUAUCAUUGCAGAAUAUAACAAAAUUAAUGGUAUCAAGGAAGAUGACGACACUGAAAAAUUUAAGGAAGCCAUAGUGAAGUUCCACAAACUGUUUGGGAUGCCGGAGGAAGAGAAGCUGGUGAAUUACUACUCCUGCAGUUACUGGAAAGGGAAGGUCCCUCGUCAGGGCUGGAUGUAUCUCAGCAUUAACCACCUCUGCUUUUAUUCCUUCCUCAUGGGACGGGAAGGUAUGAAUACAAUGAAACUUCGAACUGCUCACUUCAGGGAUCUUGAUGCCAGAGCAAAGAGUGAAAGGUACCGUGCCUUGUUCCGGCUUCCGAAGGACGAAAAGUUAGAUGGACAUACCGAUUGUACCCUCUGGACUCCAUUUAACAAAAUGCACAUCUUGGGUCAGAUGUUUGUGUCUACAAAUUACAUCUGUUUCACUAGCAAGGAAGAAAACCUGUGCAGCCUCAUCAUCCCUCUACGAGAGGUGACUAUUGUAGAAAAGGCUGACAGCUCUAGUGUAUUACCUAGCCCAUUGUCUAUCAGCACCAAAAAUCGAAUGACAUUUCUCUUUGCCAAUUUAAAAGACAGAGACUUUCUGGUGCAGAGAAUUUCUGAUUUUCUCCAGCAAACAACUUCCAAAAUAUACUCUGAAAAAGAGAUUUCUGGCAGUUACAACAGCUCAGAUGAUGAGGUAUAUUCAAGGACAAGCAGCAUCCUAUCCUCAAGCCCUCAAAGAAGCCUUAGUUCCGAAGCAGAUGGAGAGCGGCAGUUCAACCUGAAUGGCAACAGCGUCCCAACUGUAACCCAGGCACUAAUGACCAUGUACCGGAGGCGUUCACCUGAAGAAUUCAACCCUAAAUUAGCAAAAGAAUUUUUGAAAGAACAAGCUUGGAAGAUUCAUUUUGCAGAGUAUGGCCAAGGCAUCUGUAUGUAUCGGACUGAGAAAACAAGAGACCUUGUGCUGAAAGGUAUUCCAGAAAGCAUGAGAGGGGAACUCUGGCUACUCCUGUCAGGAGCUAUUAAUGAAAUGGCCACCCACGCCGGCUAUUAUGAAGACUUGGUGGAGAAGUCUAUGGGGAAAUACAAUCUCGCCACAGAAGAGAUUGAGAGGGAUUUGCACCGCUCUCUCCCAGAGCAUCCUGCAUUCCAGAAUGAGAUGGGUAUUGCUGCUCUGAGGAGAGUACUAACUGCUUAUGCAUUUAGAAAUCCAAACAUAGGAUACUGCCAGGCCAUGAAUAUUGUUACAUCGGUACUGCUUUUGUAUGCAAAGGAAGAGGAAGCAUUCUGGCUGCUUGUGGCUUUGUGUGAGCGCAUGCUGCCAGAUUACUACAACACGAGAGUUGUUGGAGCUCUGGUGGAUCAAGGUGUCUUUGAAGAGUUAGCUCGAGAUUAUGUUCCACAAUUAUAUGACUGUAUGCAGGACUUGGGGGUCAUCUCCACUAUAUCCCUUUCCUGGUUCCUCACACUCUUCCUCAGUGUAAUGCCCUUUGAAAGUGCCGUGGUUGUUGUGGACUGUUUCUUCUAUGAAGGCAUAAAAGUGAUAUUCCAGUUGGCACUGGCUGUGCUAGAUGCCAAUGUGGACAAGUUGCUGAAUUGUAAAGAUGAUGGGGAAGCGAUGACAGUGCUUGGAAGAUAUUUGGACAGUGUGACCAAUAAGGACAGCACUCUGCCACCAAUUCCUCACCUUCACUCGCUGCUCAGUGACGAUGUAGGGCCUUAUCCUGAGGUGGAUAUCUUCAGGCUCAUCAGAACUUCCUAUGAGAAAUUUGGAAGCAUACGGGCAGAUUUGAUUGAACAAAUGAGAUUCAAACAGAGACUGAAGGUGAUCCAGACUCUAGAAGACACGACCAAACGCAAUGUGGUACGAACCAUAGUGACAGAAACUUCUUUUACAAUAGAUGAACUGGAGGAACUCUAUGCCCUUUUCAAGGCAGAGCAUCUCACUAGCUGCUACUGGGGAGGCACCAGCAAUGCCACUGACCGCCAUGACCCAAGCUUGCCUUAUUUAGAACAGUACCGCAUUGACUUUGAGCAAUUCAAGGGCAUGUUUGCUCUCCUCUUUCCUUGGGCCUGUGGUACUCACUCUGAUGUGUUGGCGGCACGCUUGUUCAGAUUGUUGGAUGAAAACGGAGAUUCCUUAAUCAACUUUCGGGAAUUUGUCUCUGGACUAAGUGCAGCAUGCCAUGGAGAUCUUACAGAGAAGCUGAAGCUACUGUAUAAAAUGCAUGUUUUGCCUGACCCAUCCUCUGAUCAAGAAGAGCCGGAUUCUGCUUUUGAAGCAACACAGUACUUCUUUGAAGACAUCACACCAGAGUGUACACAUGUUGUUGGCGUAGAUGGCAGGAACAAACAUGGAGCAGAUGAGGGUUUUGUUAAUGUGAGUGUGAAAACUGAAAAAGGUAAGAAGAACUCUCAAGAUAAUAGAAACUACCUUAGAAUGUGGAGCCAAGAGAAUAAAGUCAAAGCAAAGAGUGCAAAGGACUUGCCCAAACUCAAUCAGGGGCAGUUUAUUGAAUUGUGCAAGACAAUGUAUAACAUGUUUAGUGAAGACCCCAAUGAGCAGGAUCUUUACCACGCUACUGCAGCUGUGACAAGUUUGCUUUUGGAAAUUGGGGAAGUUGGUAAGUUAUUUAGUGUGCAGCCUCUUAAGGAGGUGGAGAGUAGCAGCAAAGCCAUUCAGAACGCACUUCUUCAGAAGAAGGGAAGCCAGCAGUAUCACCUUGGACAACGUGACCCUUUUCAAGAUGGCUUCCUUGCGGAUGAGGAAGAGAAUAUUUGUGGUGAUGGCACACAGAUGGAGGACAUCAAGCUGGAAGAUUCUUCUCCUAGAGACAAUGGAGCUGGUUCUUCCAUGCUUAUUUCAGAUGACGAUACUAAAGACGACAGCUCCAUGUCUUCCUAUUCCGUCCUAAGUGCAGGCUCUCAUGAGGAAGACAAGUUGCAUUGUGAAGACAUCGGCGAGGACACGGUUUUAGUGCGAAGCAGCAACCCUUCUCUACCUAGAAGCAUGAGCAUCGACAGAGACUGGGCUAUCACCUUUGAGCAGUUUCUGGCUUCCCUCUUGACUGAACCUGCCCUGGUGCGGUAUUUCGACAAGCCAGUCUGUAUGAUGGCAAGGAUUACAAAUGCCAAGAAUGUGCGGAUGAUGGGUAAACCCAUAAUAUCUGCGAGUGACUACGAAAUCUCUGCUAUGUCAGGCUAAGUGGGCCCAGGUAGGGAGGGUUUUUAAAAAAAUAUUUUUUGGUUUUUAUUACAUAUUUAUUACUGCCUGGCACAGGUCCUGGUGUUUUCAAAAGGUGGUAGUUCUUGCUUAUGUGAACAUGUUAUAUUGAACUUUCUCUCUCUGUGGGAAACAUUAUCAGAAUGCUUGUCUUAUCGUCAAUAUAGGGGGGGGGGGAUCAUUGUCAGUGGUGGGUAUGUUAUUAGUAUUGCUAUCCAUGGAUAAAUGGUGACAAUUAGUACAAUUUUAAGUCUAGAAAUGAACAAAGUUUGUGUGUGUUUUAAAAACGGACCUGAAAUCCUGGUAAGGAAAAAUCUGGAAGAACUUAAAAGUGGCACAAGCAUUGUGUGCUGCAGCUUGCACAUGGAGUUCCUUUGUCUUUGCCAUUCCCCUUGAGGGAGGUAGCACAAUGUUCACAUGCCUUUGGCUCAUGCAGAGCUGCUUCCCUCACAGCCGUGAAUGGGGAAGCAGAAGCUGCUGCAGGCAGGGAGCACCAUGUGUGCACUGGAACCCAAUGCCUGUUACGAAAUUAGUAGGCUGCGCUAAAAAUAAAAAGGGAUGCUGUCAAUUUGUUUAGGACUCGAAAGUAAGUUCUGUGCAGCAUCCCUGGUGGAUGUCUCUUGAUAUAAUUUUUUUUUU